CGUAUUCGUCCACGACAAAGCAGUUGGUGGAUCACUCUUUGAAUAAUUAACUUUGGUUCCGUCAGUUGACCGACAAACGCUGAUCCAACUGGACACGGAAACCGCACGAGCAUUUGAGGCGAAAUGACGAUAAGGGCUAUCGUGCUCGGAAUUUUAUUGAACUACAUUGUUGGUAGUCAUCAGAUAUCUUCGCCAAACGAUGACCACUACUGGGCAGGAGUGGUGGAGUUCAGCUUCAAAGAGAGAUCCAUGAACAAUGAGUCAGGUUUGAUCAGCACACCGAAGAAUCUGGAAAAGUAUAAGGAGAUCAUCAACUCUCCUGAAGCUGAUCCGUUGGAUAUCAUUGUCUUCCCCGAGUAUGGCUUGAGUCAAGUGGAAACGGCUUCGUUUGUACCAAAUCCAGAAGACCUCAUUACUCCUUGUAACAAUCUGGAAUACGAGCCAGUCGUGCGAGAUCUGUCAUGUAUGGCCCGGGCUAGCCAGAAGUAUUUGGUCGUGAACCUUGUGGAGAAGGCCUUUUGCCCAGAGAAAGACGAUUGGCGUCCUUGUGCAUCGAAUGCCCUUUACCAUUUUAACGCCAAUGUGGUAUUCGACCGACAUGGACGAGUGAUCGCUCGCUACCGCAAGUUCAAUUUGUUCGGAGAACCAGGUAUUAACAUCACAAGAUGGUCCGAUAUAACCACAUUCGAUACAGAUUUCGGAGUCACGUUUGGUACGUUCAUUUGCUUUGAUCUGAUGUUUGACGAACCGGCAUUGCAGCUCGUUCGACAAGGAAUUACCGAUUUCAUCUUUCCGACUAUGUGGUUUUCGGAGUUGCCAUUCUUGACCGCUGCGCAGAUACAGCAGUCUUGGGCCUAUGCCAACAACGUCAAUUUUUUGGCUGCUGGAUCGAGUUUCCCGGAGAUUGGCAGUACUGGCACUGGAGUGUUCGCCGGGAAGCGAGGAAGAAUCGUUACGGUAAUGAACCACAAUGCAGACUCUAAGCUGUACGUUGCUCAGGUUCCAAAGAUCAGCCGACCUCAGGCUACGAUCAGUCGUCAACCGGUUAUCAAAUAUUCAUCCAGUGAGAUGUCUAACCUUAAGUUGAAACGAGACCAAAUCGAUGGCUAUCUGAUGUCAACACUUCCUCUGAACGUGAGUUUCUAUGAAGCUUCACUGUGUCAGGGCUCGGUAUGUUGCAACUUCACAUUGAACUACACCGUUACCCUACCAAGUGGACCUAAUCAGUCCUAUUACAGCUACGUGCUCGCCGUGAGUGACAUCAAGCGGACAUUCGACGGCUUCUCCGAUGGAAUGAUCACAACCUGUGCCAUUUUCGCCUGUACCGACGCCGAAGAUCACAAGACCUGUGCAACACGGUUCACCGAUCCGGCGACAACGGUGGCCGAAGCAGUCCGCUUCAACUCCAUCGACAUUGUGGGAGAAUUUCCAGGUGGAUUCAAUGUUUUCCUGCUACCGAACAGUGUCGACACCAGUAUUCUGCCACUGGAGGUUGAUGAGAUCGAGUACAACGAGAGAUUAUUCCAGCAGGAAGAGGAACUACGAAAGCGAAUUGAGUACAAAUUGGUCAAACCGCGAUCAGACCUGUUAACGUUUGCCAUUUGGGGACGACAGUUCUUGGAUAUCGCUAGCAGCUCUCCAGCAGCGGUUGGCAACGUUCUGUUAGUACUGUUUGUAGCUGUUUGCAGCUUUAUAGCCAUAUAAAAGAAAAGUCAUCGCAUGCAGGCUUAACCUUAUAGUAUGUCAAAUAGGUUAUACAAACAAUAUUCCACCUUUUUAGAAGACAUUCACAUGAAGAACUGUAGAACUGCGUUUCAGCGUGCUCGUCGUAUUAUUCAUCACAUGAACAAAAUCCUCUCAAUUCAUAUCAACAUAAGAACGGAUUCAAAAGUCCAUCGGAUUCAAGAUCAAUAAAGACUACUAUUGACUAAAAUGAAAAGGAAUUGUUUAGUAAUUUAGAUGGAUUUACUGUAGAUGCCAUUUGAUUAAAAACUGCAGAAAACUAUGGAA